AUGGCGCUGGGCUUAUUUCUUGUCCUAGCUGCUUUUAGCGUUGCGACACCUAUACAAGAAAGUCGAGCUUUUCAGCCAAAAAGUGGCCCAAGUGCAGCAAGUACAAUUUCUUCACAGCCAACAUCACAGACGCAGUUGGAUUUCAGUUCUCGCCAGCAGGGUCAUGACGUCAGCAUCAACUGUACACUCAGGGACGCCUCCACCACUGGCCUAUCCCUCGUUAUUGGCAUGGCCGUGUCCAGAAUCACCGAUACUGGAGAGUUAGUACUGGCGUCCGUGACCUCUCUUGGAUCCGCCCCUAUCACUCACACUGGUGCAGUUACCAGCAGCGUCUCCUUGGAUGGGCGCCAAGACUCAUACAUAAACAUCGAAUGGUCUUCAGCCAAUAGUUCGCUGGAAGGAGACUAUGUAUGUCGAGUGAAUGGUCUUGACGUCAAUAACUCGCCAGUUGUCCUGAGCCAGGAGCUAUCGCUGACUCUACAAGAGCCGGGACCUGGCGUGAGAGCAACGCCCGAGAUAUUACAGUUGGGACUGACCAAAUUAUUGAGCAUCAAAUGUUACAUAUCUGGCUUCGCCUCCAACAACAUCUCAGAGGUAACUUCCAUAGGUCUGUCUUACAUUCAUGACGGUAUCGAUCAACUUCUGAUCACCCACAGUGUCUUUGAAGGUACAGAGAUCAAACCAGGAAGUGGAGUGGUGUCCUCUACAGGCCAUUUAAGCACCGCCGAGGAUGAAGAGAACUUUCUGGAAGCUACUUGGCAGAACCCAAGCCUGAAUAGAACUGGCAAGUACGAAUGCAGUUUUAGCGGUCUUGACACUUCAGGCCAUCCAGUGUAUUUCGAAUCCACGUUGGAACUGAAUCAUGUAGAACCGUCUAAAGAAGAACUGCUACAGCAACUAGAAGAUCUGCGGAACAAGUUCGAAUCACUGACACAAGAGAAGGAAGAUUUGAGAGCAGAACGGGAUAAAAUCGAGCUGAAAAUACGAGUUUUGGAAGAAAGUGUUAAAGGUCACAAAAUCUGCGACACCGUAGACCUGCCUGUGGGGAAAUAUCCUAUCAAGCUCUUCCCUGAUGAUGGUCAAGGCUUGGUAGAAGUGUUGUGUGACGUGGUCAGUCCAGGUGAUGUAUGGACGAUUUUCCAGAAACGAUUCAACGGCUCGGAGAGUUUUAGUCGCGGCUUUGUUGCGUAUGAUGUCGGCUUUGGUUCGGUCCUGGGUGAACAUUGGCUAGGAUUCAAACAAAUGAAGCGAAUCAUGACCACGGGGAAGUACCAGAUCCGAGUGGAUAUAGCCGACCAUAAUAGCACCAGUUACACUAGGAUCUAUCCACAGUUUAGUGUCGGCGCCUUUGAUGGGUACACGCUAACAGUUGAUGGGUACAACGAUGGAGGUCAUGGGUUAUCAUUUAGUUCUGGUGCAGAAUUUUCAACACUCGACCACGGGCCGCAGCCACACUGUGCAGCUCAGGACAACGGUGGCUGGUGGUACUAUAACUGUGCCUUUACCAACCUCAACGGCCAGUGGGGUCACGCCGGAGAGUCUGGAAUAUCCUGGUUCGAGCUUCCAGACGGCAGAAUACACCCGCUCACAAAAACAGAAAUGAAGUUCAAGAAGAGCAGUCAACCUUGA